AUGACAGAACAGAGAAGAGUGUGCCUUGGUCCUCAGCCGGUGAUCAUAGGGAGAGCCCUGCGCACAUCUCCAGAGAGGCCCCUGAAGGCGGACAACUUCUACUUUUUGAAUUCCCACGUGUCGAAGAACCAUGCUGUUGUGUUCAAGGAUGGGGAGAAUGUAUAUAUUAGGGAUACUAACUCGACGUUUGGUACCAUUGUCAAUGGCGUCUUACUCGGGCAUAAUGUUAGGCAUGAGUUGAAGUCCGGCGACACUCUUGGCCUAGUUGUGAACAGGAAGGCCGCUGUCGUUCGGGGCUGGCGGGAUGACUCCGCUCUCGGUGCAAACCAUAGCUUGAGUGAUUAUGGUUGUGAAAACUUUAUCCAUUUGCAGUUCGAUGUGACGAUCGAAGGAGACGAAUUGACUUUGACGAGCAAGAAGAAUGCUGACUGGAUGCGUAAGGCUUCACGUAAGGAGGAACACGAUCUUGAAAACAGUCCUGAUGAAUCCAAUGAGAUUGAAGAGGUGUCUGAGGAUGAUGUGGAGACAAUUCUGGCCACCAAGGAGGAGGAACACACAGUCGAGGAUACGAUGGAACCCACAAUGGAGCACACUGUGGAGAAUCCACUCGAACAGGAGGUCGUAUCGGACGAUGAUGCUCCUGAGGAGGUAAAAUUUGUCAAGGAAGUUGUACUUGAGUCCUCCGAGCCUACCGAGGAUCAAACAAAGAAAGAUAUCUCCGAAGGUGCUGUAAAGUUCAGCGCCGAGGAGAACCCGAAUGAAAUUGCCAGAUACCUCAGCUCUGAUGCUCAAUUGGCCAGUUCCGAUGAAGAGAAUUACGAGGACCAUGAAGAGCAAAGUGACGAAGAGAUCGUAGCGCUGGACGAUGCCGACGAAUUCGACGCUAUUGACUCGAAAGUGUAUCAGGAAUUUGACUUCUCCAACAGCAACAAUGAAGAUUUUGACGAUUGCUCUUUGCCGGUUUUAUUAAACGACGAUGAUGCUGAUUGUUUGGGUGACGAAACUGUGUCCGAAGAUGAUUCUGAUAGCGACAAGAUCUCGUCAAUAAGUGAGGCUUCCGACUUGUGCAGCGAUGAACAAGAUAUCAGCUCUCCAAUAACAAUCGAGUCAUGCUCGUGUGGUGUGAAACGUACUUUUGAUGAGGCUGAAUUGGAAAACGCUCUUGAUACCAAUGCUGUGACGGACGCUAAUGAGCAUUCUCCGCAGCCAGACACCAAGAAGACAAAGUCAAUCACAUCAACCUUCCUCAAGGAAAUUGGAAAGGGCGCACUCUACGUUAUGGGAACUGUGGUUGCAUUGAUUGCUUAUGGCAGGUCUCUCGAAAACCAGUAG